AUGGCAUCAGUGGCGCCGCCGCCGUGUCUUUGCCGUUCGUGCGGUACCUGCAGCUCCAGUGGCAGGUCUAAUUACUUCGUGUAUCUUUGGUUCUACACAGCUCCACGUUGGCUUUUUCAUAUUUGCUGCCAUUGCUCCUCCAGUUGUAUUCUGCCGAAAAUCAUUAACGUGCUGGUCGUGAGGAAUGGUCUGAAGAUCGGUAAGGGGAAGGUUGCUGCACAACUGCAGGGAAUUGAGUUCUUCACUUCCAAGAUGGGGAAUCUGGAACCAUGGCCUUGUCAAGCACUCAAUUUGUGA